UAUUGUCUUAGGAGGUGGUACUAGUAGGGUGGAAUUCCCUCAUGCUGGAGUUUGCACUGGAUGCUUUUACAAAGCUGGAUACUCUGGUAAUGAUAAUAAUUUAAAAAAAAACAACAACCCACAACCAUAUUCCUUGAAUGGGGAUGGAGUCUGCGGCCUUGCGAGCAGGCGUUAUUAAUGUGCCAAUUGCUCUGAUAUGAUCACAUACACAGGGAGCAGUGUGGGCUGAUGGAGUAAAAACUAGCCUGGGCAAUCUUUACGAGCUGAAAUCCUGCACAUCCCAGAAGGGUUUGUUUCUCUCCGCAGAGUUUGUGAGGCUAUUUGAAAUCUGCCUCAAAACCAACCAGCCAAAGAACCCCCAGAAGCCCUGUUGCACCAGACUUCCCCGUGAGCUGGCAGGGAUGGUUUUUUGUUUGUUUGUUUUUUUGACAGAAACUUGCGUGUAACUUUCCCUGGAGGAACAGACGAUUUUUGUGAUUGUUCUUGCGGUAUUUUAAAACUGAGAAACUAGUAGAGUCUCUUCAGCCGUCAUGAGUGACUGACAACUCGGAGUUUGUGUGGGGGUGUUUGGAAGCUACAAGCAGCUAACGCUCACGGCGUGGGAGCCCCCAGAUGGGACUAGAUCCACGCUCCGGUGCUCCUUAUGGGGUUGAAGGUAGACUCAUGUUACCUACUACCUAAGUUUUCUGUGGCUGAUAUUAUGGUGUGCGGAUAUGGUCCUGUACCAGGCAUCGUGUACAGACUUUCAGUCCUGAUCCAGCCCAAGACACACUAGCAGGAGCAAACCCAGACACCACGCUGUGGAACGGACUCUCGAUCACCCUGCAGUCUAGGCACUGGGAAGUUACUAUGCAGCUUGGACUGUUUCUGGUGGUGGUUUUUCUAAGCUUGAUGGAUCUGACAGGCAGCAGCAAGGUGGUGAAGGGCAAGAGGCAAAGACGAAUCAGUACCGAGGUGAGUCAUGGCUGUGCGAAAGGCUGUGACCUGUGCUCUGAGUUCAACGGGUGCCUGAAAUGUUCCCCCAAACUCUUCAUACUGCUGGAGAGGAAUGACAUCCGACAGAUCGGGAUCUGCCUGCCAUCCUGUCCGCUGGGGUACUUCGGUGUUCGCAAUCCAGACAUGAACAAGUGCAUCAAAUGCAAAAUUGAGAACUGUGAGGCCUGUUUCAGCCGAAACUUUUGCACAAAAUGUAAGGAAGGUUUGUACUUGCACAAAGGGAGAUGUUAUUCCACCUGCCCAGAAGGCUACUCUGCUGCCAAUGGCACUAUGGAGUGCAGCAGUCCUGCACAAUGUGAACUGAGCGAGUGGGGCCCCUGGGGCCCGUGCGCCAAGAAAAGGAAGCUGUGUGGCUUCAAGAAAGGCAACGAAGAGCGAUCGCGGAAGGUUCUGCAGGCUCCCUCUGGAGAUGUGUCCGUGUGUCCUGCCACGACAGAGCUCCGGAGAUGCACCGUGCAGAAGAACCAGUGCCCUGAAGGAAAAAGGAAGAGAAAGGAAGAGCAAGAAAAGCGAGAUAACACGAAUGGAAACAGAAACCAGAAAGACACCAAAGAUGCCAAAUCUGGCACCAAGAAAAGGAAAGGCCAGCAGAGAGGGACUGUGGUCCCCAUGACUCCUGCUAGCCCUGCUCAAUAGCUGCCCCUUUACAGUCACAUGAUGGCAAGAGUUCAUUGCUGCUAUGUAUAUGAAAGCUUUAUCGAACCGGAGCACUGCUACACAACAUACACAAUCAGAAAGAUAGACGGACAGACACAGAAACUACAUAUACACAUAAAGACUGACAGAGAUCACACACAUACGCAACACAGACUGCAAAGCGCAAACUUCUAAGAAGAGGAGUAAGAAAAUAUAAGAGAUGAAGCUUAAAUGCCAAGGACUUUACAAUGGGAAGCUGGGGAGAAAGUGUGACCAGAGUGGAGGGCAGUGAUGCAGAUAUUCCUGAUUAAAUGUCUCAAAUAGAAGUCAGCCAUGUAAACCCCAGCAUAACGCAGCUUCAGCCAGAGACUAGAACUGAUUUGCUACUAUUCCAAAUCAAAGGAUCUGGAUUCGCGCAAAGGCAGUGGCCUGUUUCUAUUCCCCCUUCCUUUAUUUUGUGUUUUAAGCUGUAAGAGAAUAUAUGUUAAACCUUUGUGAGAAGAGGUCAGAGAUGUCUGCCCUGAAAUGGCUUCAAAAAUUUAUUUCAAAUUAAAAAAAAAAUCCAACAAAA